AUGUCGGGUUCCGGCAGUUCGAGCUUGGAGUACGGGUGCGACUGCAGAUCAGUCCGUCGAGUGUCGCUCAUGGGGGCUUCGGACUACUGCCUGGACCCCAACGCCCCGCUGAGCAGCAAGUGCGGGAACGUUGACCUCGGUGAAAGUGGCGCUUGCCCAAUUACCGGGGCCCAGCCGUGCUCGCCCAAGGGCCAUGUGCUGGCGAACGACUCGCUCUGCGCGCUGGACGAGAAGGACGAGACGUACAAGUGCGUGGCCAGCAAGAAAGACCUGGAGAUCCAGAAGAAGGGCAAGAAGAAAAAAAAGAAAUCAAAUCGUCGAGGCCACGGGGGAUCGGGCUCGUCGAUGAGCGAUGCGCCGUCGCACCUGAUGCUGACAGCUCGACAAGUCGUGUCGAUCGUGGUCUGCGUGGCAGCUGGAAUCAUGGCGGUCGUGUAG